UACCAUUAAAAUCAGACCCUUUUUUUGUCUCUCGAUUGCUGUCUCCCGACCAAACUCCGAUGUGUUCCGUUAUCAGCGACCUAAAGCCUGCCAUUCCAGCACCUGUCUUGCUAGGGAUCGGUGGAUAGUAUACGAUUCAGAAAGCAGACAAGGACAUAGGAGGAGAGAGAGCUCUAGAGAGACAGCCAGGGAUAGGCACAGAGAGCUUUGAAGUAAUUGGAUUCAAUGGACGAAAUGCUGCUGUUGACAAGAAUUCUCUUGGUGGGCUUCAUCUGCGCUCUUUUAGUCUCCUCUGGGCUGACUUGUGGACCAGGCAGGGGCAUUGGAAAAAGGAGACACCCCAAAAAGCUGACCCCUUUAGCCUAUAAGCAGUUUAUUCCCAAUGUGGCAGAGAAGACCCUAGGGGCCAGUGGAAGAUAUGAAGGGAAGAUCACAAGAAACUCCGAGAGAUUUAAAGAACUAACCCCAAAUUACAACCCUGACAUUAUUUUUAAGGAUGAAGAGAACACGGGAGCUGACAGACUGAUGACUCAGCGCUGCAAGGACAAGCUGAACGCUCUGGCGAUCUCGGUGAUGAACCAGUGGCCCGGGGUAAAGCUGCGGGUAACCGAGGGCUGGGACGAGGACGGCCACCACUCCGAGGAGUCCCUGCACUACGAGGGCCGCGCCGUGGACAUCACCACGUCGGACCGGGACCGCAGCAAGUACGGCAUGCUGGCCCGCCUGGCUGUCGAGGCUGGCUUCGACUGGGUCUACUACGAGUCCAAGGCGCACAUCCACUGCUCCGUCAAAGCAGAAAACUCAGUGGCGGCCAAAUCUGGGGGUUGCUUCCCUGGCUCGGCCACGGUGCACCUGGAGAAAGGUGGGACCAAGCUGGUGAAGGACCUGCGGCCUGGAGACCGGGUGCUGGUGGCCGACACGGAAGGCCGUCUGCUCUACAGCGACUUCCUCACCUUCCUGGACCGCGAGGACGGCUCCCACAAGCUCUUCUACGUCAUCGAGACCCGGCAGCCCCGGGCCCGGCUGCUGCUGACGGCCGCCCACCUCCUCUUCGUGGCCCCCCAGCAGAACCAGUCCGAGGCGGGCGCCGCCGGCAGCCGGGCGCUGUUCGCCAGCCGCGUGCGGCCGGGCCAGCGCGUCUUCGUGCUAGGCGAGGGCGGGCGGCGGCUGCUGCCGGCGGCCGUGCACCGCGUGUCGCUGCGGGAGGAGGCGUCGGGCGCCUACGCGCCGCUCACCGCGCAGGGCACCAUCCUCAUCGACCGCGUGCUGGCCUCGUGCUACGCCGUCAUCGAGGAGCACAGCUGGGCGCACUGGGCCUUCGCUCCCUUCCGCCUGCUGCAGGCCGUGCUGGCCGCCCUCGGGCCCUCCGGGGAGGGGUCGCCCAUGGGAGACCCCACGGCCCCCGGCAUCCACUGGUACUCUCGGCUCCUCUACCGCAUCGGCAGCUGGGUGCUGGAUAGUGACUCUCUGCACCCGCUGGGCAUGAUGGUGUCAUCCAGCUGAGGGGACCCCGCGCCACGCCGGCCGCCCGCCAGGCUUCCACGGAGAGACAGAGACACGGAGGGGGAGAGAAAGGAGAAAAAAAAAAAUAGAAAAAAAAAAGAAAAAGAAAAACAAAAAGGAAAAAAAAAAAGAAAAAAAUACAUAUUUUUAAAAGAGAGCACGGAUUAAGACUUAAAAAUAAUAAUAAUAAAAUAAUAAUAAUUAAGUAGGACAGUCCAAAGUAGACUUAAAGGGAAACAAAGACCCCUGGAAGUUCUGUUCUGUUUAGUUUAUAAAUAUAUAUAUAUUUUUAUUUGUUCUUUUGUUUUGUUUGUUGGUUGUUUUUUUUCCUCCUCUCCUGGAUAUUUAUUUCUUUGGUAUUUUGAAUAGAUGUUUUAAAUGAUAUGAACCGGACCUUCAAGAGCCUUAAAUAGUUUCUUUGAUAAUUUAUUGUCAUGUGAACUGUACUCACAGGGGAAAAAAUUAUUUUGUGAGGCCAAGCAAAACUGCGCAGAGUCUAUUUUUCUACAUGUCACGUGUGUCCUGACUUUCAGAAAGCAAAAUUCUGUACUUUCCCAUCUCUCCAUUACAUUGCUCCUUCAUUUCAGCAAGUCUAAAAAACAAGCAAACAAACAAACAAACACACACAAAAAAAGACAAACUUCAUGGGGGUCCGUAAAUUAUAUUUUUAUACACAGAAUUGUAAAUUAGAUUUUUUUGAGAGAUCAAUACUUAACUGAAUCACAUUUCGUUUUUUGAAAUAGUGUAAAAUAUGAGAAUAUAUUAUUUUAAUUUAAAUAGUUUCAAAUGUAACAUCAUUUCCUGUAUUGUUUUCCAUGUUUUGCUUUGUAAAAACAUCAUUUGGCCACGUUCAUGGAAGUUCAUGGAAGUCAAGACUGUUACACAAACUUUUUAUUUGCAAAAACCGUAAGAAACUUUGUUAUUUUUAACUUCAGAAAAAGUUUAUUAGAAAAUAAUAUUUUUUAAAAAGCGCACAUGGCGGCAAUUCUGUGACGAUGGAGAUGGUAGUUUGUACAGAGGGGGGAAAAGGAUGUUUUGCAUUAAUAAAUUGAGAAAUAACUGCUGUAAAUUUACUAAAAUGUAUUUUUGAAUAUUUUGUAAUAGUUUUAAUAGUUUUAUAGAAAUAAAAUGUGCCAUGCACAGUUUGGUUAGUAUAUAAUAACUAAGAGUUCCUGGUGCAUCCCAUUUUUUUUUCCUUUUUGCUUGUUGGUUUAGGAAACAUGAUGCCUAAAUGAGUGCCCGUUAUUUUAUUUAGAUGUGUUGCUUAUAACAUUUAAUUUUGGUACUUUAAUUAAGGAAACGAAUCCAUCACAUCUGUGCAUAACCUGGAAUCUCUUGUACUGACAGUAGAACCUCACUUAUUUGCACGAACGACCGGCAGACGGGUUUCCCUUUGCCAGAGCCCUGGCUCCCCAUCCCUGCUCAGGCAAUGCUCCUCUCUUCCAGCUCCAGCCCCGACUCCAUGUCCACUUCCCACUCUGGAAUGGAGACUGUAGAUGGCUCUUAAAAUUCUGAGGAUGCUAAAUCAAGUUUUCCCUUUGAAGCGCAUUAAUGUGAAGGCAGACAGCUGCCCUCACCUUGUGGCAACCCUGGGAUUUCAGUGGGUUUCAAUUUGGGUGCCCAGAAGAUGGAAAUCUGAGGGAGAGACAUUGACUUUGGUGAGGUAGAGGGAUUCACGUGGCUGAUGCUGGAAGAAGGAGACAGCCACCAGAUUUCACUGGCUGCUUUGAGUAACAGCACAGAGCUUGGGGCCGCUGAGAACAGAGCAAAACACCCUUUACAAAACAAAAGGAUAAAGACUUGUUCAUUUAUUCCCCAGCUGUAAUGCAGGACCCCAUCUCGAGCCACCCACGGGUGAAUGUGCUGGAGAUGUGUUUUAGGAGCUGAGUGGUGGGGCCAGCACUGCCUCCCCUGGCUGGUCCCAGCCCCAACCCACCCCGAGGGGAUCAUCCUUGGCAGGUGCUGAUCAGUGAGGUUCUGCUGCCCGGCGUCCUCCUCCAUGGAGGGUUUCCAGGAUCCCCGUAAAAAUUUUGCAAAACAUUGUGUGUGCAUGUGUGUGCGCGUCUGCGACGGGACCGUGCCGGAAGGGAGCUUGCCUUGAAUGUCUUCUCACCUUUUCUUUGGUUUCCAUUACUCGCCACUCUAGGAUGUUCACCCACCAGACCUUUUGCUCCAGAGACACAGCCAUGUUCUCUGCUGGGAUGGAUGGCAGCUCCACAGCCUCCAAGAAUGUCCCUGCCUGGGGCCAUCUCCAGAGAGUGUCGACCGUGCUCUUCCACGCUGAAAUCCCAGGAGCUUCUGGAGCACUGUCAAGAGCUGGUGGCCAAGUUCCACGCACGAGCACUGCUGUGUGAACCCCCAACAGAUGGAUGUGGUUUCUCCUUCCUGUCAGCUUCUAGUCCAGCCCCACUUCCAACCUCCAAAGCUUGGACAUGGCCAGGGUGAUGAGACUUUGGAGUGACCACAGUGUGCUGCAGCACCAGGAAAGAAACCAAGCCACCCUCAUGCCUACCCAACUAAAGGCAUCACGGGGGACUGUGGACUGCCUGGAGGGUGCUGAGGACCUGCUGCCCACCCCAGCUUGGACUCUGCCACCUCCCUGUCUUUGGGGUGUGCUGAGGGCUGCAAAUCCAGAUGAUUUGGGGCAUGUGAGAAUGUGAUCGUGGAACAAAUGAGUCUCUGCUGUAAGAGUCUGGCCUUAGUUUGGUGGCAUCUGGGUGUCUGAACUCUCCUUCCCUGUCUCUGAGAGGUGGUUGCCAUUUUUUGAGACCUCUACACUCAAAGAAAUGACCGUGUUGGAAGGUGCCUUCUCCAGAGGUCGGGUGGUGGAGGUGUUUAGGGAUGUCAAUGAUCAAACUUAAAGCCACUGGCUGGAGGGCUUCAAUCUAAAUUGCAACUGAGAUGUUAAAGAGCCAUCAGACCAGAGCCCACACUUGUGUCAGGGCAGGGCACAUGCCUGGAUGGGACCACACCAGACAUUGCUUCAUUUAAUCUUUACCCAAAGGCCGAGAUGAGCUCAGAUCUUUGUGGUGUGAGAGAAGUUUUGAUGCUCUUACACCAGGAUCAGCCUGUUUCGCUGAGCAGAGAAAUGCUGUGCCGUGUUCUCCGUCACGCUUAUUCCAAGCAGCUUUAUGUCUUCCUCUCACCGUGUCUGAAUUCCACCUCUCCCUCUGGCGCCUCCCAUCAGGAUCACCCCUCUGUGGUGUGCUAGAAGUGCUCCCUUAGAUGGGCCAAUCCAACCCGUAGCCACAGCUCUCGUAUGAAGGAUGUACUGUCAUAACCUUGUGCUAAACAUCUAGGAGAUGUCACUGUCCGUUUUCAGGGUCCGAGUAUGGCAAUAGUUUGUAUAAAAUGUACACAUAGUGGUGGCUACAGAAUAGUUUAUGACUAAAUACAUAUCUACUACUGUCAAAAUAAUGUAUAAGAAUGUACUUGAAGCUAUUAUCCUUGUGCUCUGUUGUCUGAAUAAUUAAAGAAAUUACAGAGACUUCCUGAAAUGUCUGAUAUGUGACAGCAUUCCUAUCGCACACCUCUGAGGAUUUUACCCUGAUGACAUUGAAACUCAGAGUGGGAAUCCUGAGGGAUUUGGUAUUGGACUCUUCAAACAUACCAGGAAUUGUGCCAGUGUGGCUUCAUGUGGUGGCCACAACCUCCUUCUCCUCCCACCUACAGCCACGUAGGCAGUCUGUCAUUUACCUGUGAAAUAUUGCGUGGCUCUGCAAAGCCAACUCAUUUGGAAGGGUUCUGUGGGGUGGCAGAGGUGCCCUGAAGGGCAGCCCACCAGCAG